AUGGGCACAAUGGGAAAAGUUUUCAUUUACGGAUUGAUGUGAGUUUUGAGCUGUUCUUUUUCCUGCAUAAUCGAGUUUCUUUGAGAGGCCUUGUUGUUUCAUGGGCAGCGCUUUACGUGCGGUACAGCAACGAAGAGAAUCGCGACGCCAGAAAGUACAGGUUAGCCACUUUCUCUGGUUUCCAUGGAUUAUCGAGAAAUCCAGACUUCCGUCCCCACCAGAGCUCGUUGGGCCUCUGGAGCCGAACCAGUGGCUGGAGUCGCCGCAAUACAUCUUGAAAGGAAAAAUCGAUGGUCCGGAAUCUAUCGAGGUUGACGAUGGUACGCUUUUUUUUUUAAUUUUCAUUUCCAUUUCAAAAAAACCUAAAAAAAUUAAUUGCUUUCUUUCGUAUAAUUUCCUGUCGAGAAAUUCAUGAAAUUAGUCUCUGAGCAUCACGGAAAAGAUUUUUAACCUAAUGUAAACAAAUAAAUAUUAAUCACGAUUCAAGAAAAAUAUGGCGAAAAAAAUUAUACGUUUUCCAAAUUUCGAACAUUCUUGCUACAAAUCCUUCAUUAUUAUGAAAAAAAUUGAAUAUUUUGAAUAUUUUUGAACGUGAAAGUCUGAGAGAAAAACAGCUUGAGGUAAGUUUGAAUAAGGACAAAGAAAAAGCAUUUUGAAAAAGAAAUAGCAAAAACAAAUAUAUAAAAUUUUAAUUUUUUUGUUUAGAAUCAUGAAAGAUGUAUAAUGGUAACAUUGAAAUGAUGGUAGGAAGGAAUUGUGGGUCCACGAAUAUUCAUGAGCGUUAAUUGUGCAUACACCAAUCUUGGAGGCUCGAAUUUUUGAAAAUUUGAAUCUUUGCAAACGAUUCUUGGGAAUAUUCACCUCUUUUCUGAUUUUUUAUAAUUUUUCCAAUGUUUUUGUUAACAGAAGUUGAUGGAGAAUAUAUACAGGGUUAAUGAAAAUGUGGUAGGCGUUCUGCAGUGAAUCUUUGACUACGUCUAUGCGAGAGAUAAAAAGUUGGUUGAAAAAACACAUACAGUGUUCAUUUGUGGUCGAAACACGACAUCCUCACAGUAGAACGACAAAUGAAAACAAAAUGAAGAAAAGAAAAAAAGAUGGAGAUUCAAAAAAGAGGUGAAUAUUCCCAAGAAUCGUUUUCAAAGAUUCAAAUUUUCAAAGAUUCGAGCCCCCAAGAUUGGUGUAUGCACAAUUAACGCUCACGAAUAUUCGGGAACCUAAAAUUCCUUCCUACUUUCAUUGAAAUAAGUUCACACGAAAAACAUUUUCGCGUUCGAAGCCAAGCAUUUGGAGAGCUCCAUCUAGAAUAAGAAGUAUACUUUAGAAGCAAUAUACGCGUCAUUGGUCGACGGACGCGUGGUGAAGAUCGUGGACGGAGAAAUUGUGGCGGAAGUUCGGUUCUCGAAGGAACGGAAAGGCUGCGGCAAGUUCGACAUGGAACCGACAUGCGGACGUCCUUUGGGCAUCCGGAAACUGGACGGAGACAGAUUCGUCGUCGUCGACGCCUACUUGGGCAUCUUCUUGGUCGAUUUCGCCAAACAGCCGCCGUCUUUCGAGCAGGUCUACAAGUCAUCGACGCCUAUCCAAGGCCGAGUCCCGCGUUUCUUGAACGAUAUCGACGUGAGUCCUUCUUUUUCCUGAAUAAUUGCAAGAAAAGCUGAAAACAUUACCACGGGGAGCAUUAAAACCUUCUGGCGACCAUUAUUUAUGAUAACUGCUGGACCAGUGGGAUGUGAGUAGGAGAAUCUGAAUAAAAAUUGAAAGUUUGAUUUUUUUUUUUUCGAAUCAGUGUAAGAGAUUGGUUAGCGCUUUGUCUUUUUUUCGAAAUUAAGGAAAUUAGGCUCGUUGAGACGGAAAUAAUUUUCUUUUAGACAUCUGACAAAGCAUUUUCAACCGUUUGUCGAGCAUUUCCAAAGUUCUGAGUAUUCUUACCUCGCCAAGGGAUCCAUCGGCCUCACUUUUUGCUGAACCCAACAGAACAAUAAGAAUAUGAAUUCAUCUACAUCGAAUUGAUUGCAUUUCCAGGUGUUGAACAACGACGAGAUCGUGUUCAGCGACAGUUCCUACAAGCACGAUCGUCGCCACUUCAUGCUCGCCUUGUUAGAACAGAGCAGCAACGGAAGGUCUCCAAAAUCUGUUUCAUGAUUAAACGGCUGUCUAGAAUCAUACACUACAAGCUGUCGACCAGAAAAGCGACGGUUCUUCUGGAGAAUCUUUAUUUCCCCAACGGUGUUCAGGUAGAGCGUCUAUCAAUGAAAUGACCUCUUGAAAGUUUAUCUUUAGCUUUUCGCCGACAAAAAGUCGCUAUUAUUUGCCGAAUGUGGCAUGGCAAGAAUCAAAAGACUUUGGCUCGACUCCAAAAAAGUUGAGAUUUUCGCGGCCAACCUGCCUGGAAUGCCUGACAACAUUCGACUCGACAAAGAAGGAUUUUUCUGGGUUGGCUUGGCAGGUAAGCUAGGAAGGAUAGUUUGCUUUUCUGGUUCAAGUGAUCUCAUUGUCCUUCUUAUUUUUUUAAAGAAAAAAAAGAAAAUUUUUGCACUUUGCAAUAAUUUAUUUUGCAGCAGUUCGUCAGUCAAAAGCUUCCUCGCUAUUUGACGUCCUCGGCCCGCUUCCUGGGAUCCGCCAGUUUCUGAUAGAUGUUUGUUUCUCUAGGCUAAUUUUGAUUGAAAAAAGGGGUUGAGAUAGUGCCGGCGCGACUCUGGAAGCCGAUGCUGAGCAUGUUCAAGAAGCCGCACGCCUUGGUCGUCGCUCUCGACCAGAAAGGCGAGGUCGUCCGUUCUUUGCACGACACGACAGGCAAAUUCGUCGAAGACGUCUCUCAGGUAUCUCCAUAUUUGAAUCCCUCUCCGACGGAAUUCAGGCGACCCCGUGGCAAAACUCGCUCUACCUCGGAAGCUUUCACAGCCCUUAUAUUGCCAAGAUCAAUCUAUGA